GCUCGAAAGACGUGUAGUUUCGGGAAGAUUGAAAAAUCUGAUUAUUUUUUGUGAUUUGCAUUCUUUAUUGCUUGUGGUUGGACAAAAAAAAACAUUACUCACUGCCGUGACAGAUUACAAGUAAGAGCACGAAAAUGUAAGCGGGAUGAUAGGAAGGGAAUCACAGUGAAUGGAAAUUCCUUCGCAAAGAUUUUGAUACCAAACCGGUAACUAAAAGUAGCACAUUUUAUCCAACCGUUCAGUGGUUGGUUGCAGCCAGAAAGAAAACUGAUGCAUUCACGAGAUUUCUUCGUGCUGCAUGUGAUGUGUUUGUAAGCGCACCGGAAGUGCUAAAGUUUUGCGAAAAACUUUUUGUGUGCAUCUUGGUAAGGAUUGUGUGAAGAAUACAAAGGUGUCGCAAAAAAUUGGAUAUAUCCAGGCAAAAAUUCUGUGAGCUGGACUGAACUUCUGCAAAACCGGACAGAAGAUUAUCAUCGUUUCAUUUUCUGAGAUUGGAAAAGUUAUUCGUCUUAACCAAGCAAGAUGAACGUUCAACCGACCAAGUACGCCGGUCUGGUGGCGGACCUGAUGCCGAACAUCCGCUUGAUGCAGGGCUUCGGGCAUUUUCUGUUCCGCUAUAUCACCGGGCCGAUAUUCAUCCGCAAGUUGUACUCCUGGUGGAAUCUCUCGAUGAUUCUAAUGCAAUUCUUUGCCAUCGUCAUCAACCUGGUGCUGAAUACGGACGACGUGAAUGAGCUGACGGCGAACACCAUUACCACCCUGUUUUUCACCCACUCGGUGACGAAAUUUAUCUACUUUGCCAUCAACUCGGAAAACUUUUACCGAACUCUGGGCGUCUGGAAUCAACCGAACGCCCAUCCGCUGUUCGCCGAAUCCGAUGCCCGAUAUCACUCGAUUGCGCUGGCGAAAAUGCGAAAGCUGCUUGUCAUGGUGAUGGCGACCACGAUGCUUUCAGUUGUAGCUUGGAUUACGAUUACGUUUUUUGGCGACAGCGUGAAAAAUGUGCUGGAUAAGGAAACCAACGAAACCUACACCGUGGAAAUACCAAGGUUGCCCAUCAAGUCUUGGUACCCGUGGGAUGCCAUGGGUGGGGUGGCAUACGUGUUCUCAUUUUUCUACCAGGGUUAUUUUCUGCUCUUCUCGAUGUGUCAGGCCAACCUCGCCGACGUUCUGUUCUGCUCGUGGCUGCUCUUUGCCUGUGAACAACUGCAACAUCUGAAGGGUAUAAUGCGUCCGCUCAUGGAACUGUCGGCCUCACUGGACACCUAUCGACCGAACUCGGCUGCAUUGUUCCGUGCCAUUUCCGCUGGCUCUAAAUCGGAACUGAUCUUAAAUGAAGAGAAAGAUCCCGACACCAAGGAUUUUGAUUUGAGUGGUGUUUAUAGCUCAAAAGCGGACUGGGGAGCUCAGUUUCGGGCACCGUCGACGUUGCAGACUUUCGGUGAAAAUGGUAUGAAUGGGAACCCCAAUGGACUGACUCGCAAACAGGAAAUGAUGGUACGGAGUGCAAUCAAGUACUGGGUAGAGCGGCAUAAACACGUUGUCAGAUUAGUCUCGGCCAUCGGCGAUACGUACGGAGCGGCCCUGCUCCUGCACAUGUUAACCUCGACCAUCAAACUGACGCUGCUGGCCUACCAGGCAACCAAAAUCGACGGACUCAACGUGUACGGAUUGACCGUCAUAGGCUAUCUGGUGUACGCGCUGGCCCAGGUGUUCCUGUUUUGUAUCUUCGGCAACCGACUGAUUGAGGAGAGUUCAUCGGUGAUGGAGGCUGCCUAUUCGUGCCACUGGUAUGACGGUUCCGAGGAAGCGAAAACCUUUGUGCAGAUUGUGUGCCAACAGUGUCAAAAGGCGAUGACCAUUUCAGGGGCCAAGUUUUUCACCGUUUCGCUGGAUCUGUUUGCGUCGGUGCUGGGUGCCGUUGUCACCUACUUUAUGGUGCUGGUACAGCUGAAGUAAGCUGUUGAAACUUUUAUUGUGCUAUUAAUAGAUUUAAUAAACGAAGCGGCAAUACAUGACACAGAAUUUUGACUAGCUCCUAAGGAAAUCAUCAAUAUCUAAUGUUGCUAAACACUGUUGUUAGAGCAAAAUGUUGCUAUUGAACAAUUUAGUCAAACUAUUAGGAUUAGAGUGGAUUUAAAUUUUCUAAUCAAGUGAAAAUUCAAUCAUUGGUAAACAAACUGGAUAAUAAUUUUAUGAAAAGUUAACAAAUCAAAUGUAGUUUUUAUAUAAGAUU